AGAAUAUAUUAUUCUAGAGUUAUUUAUGCAGAUGUAGAAACUAGUGGUGUAAUAUUCUGAAUGAGAAUAAUGCUGUUGUGAACGAAAUGUGAGGUGUGUGAAUGAAGGAUGAGACGAGGAUUGUGAAGCUUGACGCGGUGAGGAAGGAGGAGGAGGAGGAUAGAGGAUAAGGACGCGCGGGGAGAGGUAACCUGGGGGCCCCUGUUGGCCCAAGUCGACUCAUUGGCCGGCUGUCCGAGCCCCAACACCCAGCUGCUCCUCCACACUCACCGCCUCCCUCACUUUUCACGUAGCCUCAUGAUGCGGUGGCUGAGCGUGGUGGUGUGGGCGGCAGCGUGGGCGUGGGCGGUGCCGGUACCCGGGAGCUACUUCACCGACGAGGCCGCCGGCAGACUCCUCCACUACGACAUCCACUCCGGAGACUGCGUCCUCUUUGGCGACAGACGCAUCGUGGACGAGAUCAUGCGGGAGUUGGCGGCGAGCGAGAGCCCCGUGGCGGUGGUGGAGGCCGCCGAACUGACAGCGCUCAUAUCGGCGUGUUAUGCCCGGGCUGUCCACGAAAAGCGUAAUCAGCCAGCCCCUGCUGACAACUUUCCUCAUAUCAUAUAUCCAGGAACAAAGUGGUGCGGGACAGGUAACGUGGCAGAGGGCCUGGACGACCUGGGGCCCCUGCGGGAGGUGGACGCCUGCUGCCGCGACCACGACCUCUGCCCAGACGACCUGGAGCCAGGCCAGACACGACACAACAUCUCCAAUGACUCCCCCUUCACCAUGACGCACUGCGACUGCAACGAGAGCUUCCGGAAGUGUCUGAGGAGUGUGGGUAGCGGCGAAGCCAAGGAGGUGGGGUCGGCGUACUUCUCGACGGGGCUCUUCCAGUGCUACCGCCUCGCCAGGCCCGUCAGGGGGUGCAAGCAGUGGGCAGGCCUGUUGACCCAGGCGUGCCAGGAGUACGACUACGACGAGAGUGGAGAGCCUCGCUGGCAGGUGUUUGAUAUGAAGUCCUUCGAGUAGACGCCCGCCGGAGCAUCACGACCUGACCUGCUGCAGGAUGGAGCCACCGAGGAUAACAAUUGAUAACAAAAUGACCUGUUGGAAGGAUAACAAAUAUGGCGGAGGUAAACCGAGGACCUGGUGGAUGAAUAACGUGGAAAUCAUCAAUUAAAUGAUGAGGAACCGAUGAAGAGCUAG